UCGGCCGCGCGUUUUCCCAGGGCUUGCAGCGGGAAGGGCGGGGCGUGGGUCCCUGUGACGUCACUGCCGGCCGGACGCCAUCUUGCUGGUUUGCGGCCGGACUUGGAUGAAGCGGCGGCUGUGGUGAGAGCGUGGGGAAGGGUGGGGUGAGGGGGCGAGGCCGCGGUUAGGGCGGCGAAACUCUCCUCCCCUCGGCCCCACCGCGUGGGACGGCGUGAACGUGGUGUCGGAGGGAUGUCAGCCUUCUCUGAGGCGGCGCUGGAGAAGAAGCUGUCGGAGUUGAGCAACUCGCAGCAGAGCGUGCAGACCUUGUCCCUGUGGCUCAUUCACCAUCGUAAACACUCGCGGCCCAUCGUCACCGUGUGGGAGCGGGAGCUGCGGAAAGCCAAACCAAACAGGAAGCUUACUUUUCUCUACCUAGCCAAUGAUGUCAUACAGAACAGCAAGAGGAAGGGUCCAGAGUUUACAAAAGAUUUUGCACCAGUUAUAGUGGAGGCUUUUAAGCAUGUUUCAAGUGAAACUGAUGAAAGUUGUAAGAAGCACCUUGGAAGAGUGUUAUCUAUUUGGGAAGAAAGGUCUGUUUAUGAAAAUGAUGUAUUAGAACAACUUAAACAAGCUCUGUAUGGUGAUAAGAAGCCUAGGAAGCGAACUUACGAACAGAUAAAGGUGGAUGAAAAUGAAAACUGUUCCUCUCUGGGAUCUCCAAGUGAACCACCACAGACUCUAGAUCUCGUUAGAGCAUUACAAGAUCUAGAAAAUGCAGCCUCAGGUGAUGCAGCAGUUCAUCAGAGGAUAGCUUCUUUACCUGUUGAAGUCCAAGAAGUAUCUCUGUUAGAUAAAAUAACAGAUAAAGAAUCUGGAGAAAGGCUUUCCAAAAUGGUAGAGGAUGCGUGUAUGUUGCUGGCAGAUUACAAUGGCAGAUUGGCGGCAGAAAUAGAUGAUAGAAAGCAACUCACUCGAAUGUUAGCAGAUUUUCUUCGUUGUCAAAAGGAAGCCCUUGCAGAGAAAGAGCAUAAAUUGGAAGAGUACAAGCGCAAGCUAGCCAGAGUUUCCCUGGUGCGCAAAGAACUCAGGUCCCGGAUCCAGAGCCUGCCAGACUUAUCUCGAUUGCCCAAUGUCACUGGCAGCCACAUGCACCUGCCGUUUGCGGGAGACAUCUACAGUGAAGAUUGAUGGACCAGCCUCUUUCCAGGUCCCAGGACUUUGCAAGAGAUGGAGACAGGUUAGGUGGAUAGUCCUGUAGUGUUAUUUUUGUAUAUUGUUGAGAAAGAAACACUAACAAAAGGAACAAUGAGUAAUUUAUAAAAUUGUUUAAAAUGUUGGUUUGUUUACUAUUUUAUUGGUAAAUUAACAUGACUUAAUUUGAACAAAGUGAUGAUUUGUGUGUAUUAAUAAGCUCACAAAUAGUGAUUAUUUUCAAAAGAUCUUUUUGUAAUUUUUUUUUUUUGAUCCAAGGCCUUGUGAGAAAUCCCUUGUUUGUAUUUCUUCAGGUAUUUUCAAUUGUUUUUCUUUAUUUUCUUCAGCAUCUAAUCACUGUAUACUAUGUAAUUCCUGAAGGGGAAGAACUAAUUAGGAGUUGAUUGAGACUUUAUUAUGGUAUAGUUAGGACUUGAUUGUAGAAGGGACUAAAUGUUCCAACAUAAUCUUUACCCUUCUCCCCAAACAAAAUAUCGAUUCUGUGUCUCUACAUGCCUUUGAUUCCUUAGAGGUCGGUAAUUUAACAUUAAACAUGGAUGUCACUUUGAGGGGCAGAUGAAAGUGUAGAGAACUGUUCCUUAAUAGCAUUGUAAAAGUUCCAUUCCAACUGCCAGUGUAGAUUUUAAAAGUGUUAAAUAGUGACUCCCUUGAUUAAACUGUUUGUAAUUAUUUGAGUAGAUUAAUAAUGAAAAUACUUUGGAAAUAAUAUAAAUUUUGACAUUCUACCAAGAGGACAACUUUGGUUCUGGAACUGGUUUCUAUUUGUCAAAUCAGUUUCCUUUUAACAUAAUUAAUCCCUUUAACAAAAAGCCAUCUAUGGGAUUAAAAGACACAUGAAAUGAUACUUUUAUUAUUCCCUUACUCAUAUAACUUUAAAAAUAAUAUUUUUAGCUCUGAUAGCUCAAGAACACAAUAUUCGUUAAUAUUCAGUAAAGUAGCCUGAGACAUUUUCAAUGUUUCCUUAAGGUUUUUGAAUGACUGUAUAUUUGGCAGUUAAGCAGUGCCACACUACAGGGUAGAUAUGGUAAAUUUUAUAUUUGUAUAUUUACAGUUACAAAACAAAUGUACUUUUACCUUUUAUUUCUGACCCUGUGUGUUAGAGCAGUUGCAUGCUCUCCUGCUGUUACAAACACAUUGUUAAGCUGUGGAUUUGUACUCAAUAAUGACUUAGGAUAAAUAUUUAUUUUCAUUCAUUGCUUUACAUACUAGACAUUUUUCUUCUCCUUGUAAGUAGAUUCCAAUUAGAUAGUCAAUAAAACAUCUUGAAAAUCCCACAAGCCAAUUAUGUCUCUCUAGUCUGAAUGGCUUCAUUGUUUCUUUCUCAGUAUUAGAAAUUAUAGUUACAAUGAAUUACAUAUGAAGAAGGCAGACAUUUAUUUUUAAUAGCCAAGUAGUUCUGCAAAUAGUUCUUUUAACAAUUUGACCUCUCUCCAAAACAGAGACACAUAUAAGUAGUGCUAAUCCAUGCACUACUAAUAAUACAUGGCUUAUUCCAAAGUUUUUUAGUCAACUUUCGGGACUUGCGGUGCAUUUUCUCACAAAAAGAAUAGUAGUUAGGUUCCCUAACACUACUGCUGAUAGCUCACCUGGGAACUGAAUCCACUUAACCAUGAAUGUCCUUAACUUGUAACGUGGUUCACAGGUUACUAAUCAUAGAUCCUGACCAGCAUUUGUAACACUGCUCUAACUAGGACACAGCAUGCAGCAGCCACACUCACACCCUGGGAUGUCUGUCUACCUCUGUCCCUAGGUGUAGGAAAUGGAAGAAAAAGAUUCAGCCAAGUGGGGAGGUGACAAAUGCACAAUUAUGAAACCUGGUUGUACAUGUUAUGAAAGUAUACUAAGUAAGUUAGUUUUUAUUGUUAAUGUGAAAGCAAAAACUUGUAUGUUAACUUAUUUUCAAUAUCUUGACCUUAUUUAUGAUCUGCUAAAGUGGUGAUUUAUCCAUUCAAAAUAUAUAUUUUUUUCCAUUUAAAACUAAUUUAUAAACUAUGUACUCCUGGGAAGAUUUGAAAUCUUUUAGAAGUUUGUUGAAAUAUUUUCACCAUUUCAGACAGACUUCUGACUUAGAUACUGAUUUUAAUGCCAGUAUCUGCUCUAAAUAUUUAUGAUAAAAAUGCAUUAUUUUUUUAAAGAGCUUGAUGAGAUUUGUGAUAAGUGAUAGUACUCAAAAACCUGAAUCCCACCCCUCGACCAAUCCUCCACAAAUUUCAGUUGUUGGUUAACUUAUUAACUGAACACAGACAAUACAGUCUGAUUUAGAAGUCAUCUUUUCAGCCGUGUGAUAAUUAACAUGGUAAGCCUUAGAAGCAAACAUUCUUCCUAAAAGGAAGACUUCAUUUUCUCAAGAAAUGGGAUUAGUUGGGGGUAUUAUAAUACCGAAUUGUAAAUCAUGAGCAUUUUCUCCACUGUGUACCUGAGGCAGAUCAUGCAUCUUUGAGUGCAGUUUGGUCUGAACCCUCAAGAGAAAAGCAUGGUGUCGUAGGGCUACUAUGGUUUGAAUGGAUACCAUCACUCUUUUCUCCACAUACAGUGCAGAGAGCUGUCUGGAGUGGCUAUCUGAACAGAUUCCCGGGCGCUCCUUCUCUCCUUCCAGCACUACAGUAAGUAAAAGGACCAUAGAGGGGAACCAGGAAUCAGAGAAUCAGCUGUGCUCAAUAGCCAACCUCCCUGUCCAGAUGCAGCUGUUUUGGUAUCUCCUCUCACAUGCACUCUGAAUCAGGGUUUUUCUAUAAGAAAUCUUUCAGAAUCAGCAAAAGUUCUGGGAUGACCCAGGCAUCUUGAUUUGCAAAAUCACAAAACUAAGUUGUCAAUUAUCACUGUAGAUGAGCAACUCAUCUUUUUAAAGUAUAGUUACUGAACUGAUUCUGAGAAAUCUUUAGAGAGAAAAAACUCAGCAGUACAAAUUAACUAAUUGGGAAAGUUAGAAUGUCCUUUCUGAAUUUUUCAUUAAAAAAAUUACAUUAUCUGAAAUAACAUAAAGCUACUAAACUGCUUUGUAUUCUAUUAAGAAAUAGCUCCUAAGGAUGUAGUCUUGUUUCAUAGUUGUUGCACUAUAUCAAAGCUUAAAAUGUAAGCCCAGUUCUUCUCUGUAUAGAAAGGAAACAUUGUGUUACUUAAUGAAUUAUUUAUACAGAGCAUUUGUUGCCAACUGUUGUUCCAGCCAUCCACACAGGAGUCUGUUCUCAGGUGGCAAUAGCACAUGGGAAGAUGAACUUUCCCUGUUUGUUUACCCGUUUUUCUUUGGCUGUAUCUGAUGACAGUAUAAGAUGUUCUUAAUAAAGUUUUAUGUUCUUUUUGAAA